CAUUAUCAAAGUGCAUAGGGAAGUCGUGUAAUAAUUGGGCACCCACCCUUGAGCCAAAAUAUCUUAGAAUUAUCCCUUUUAGUCAAAAAUUAUCUUAUCUUCAUCCUUUUCUCCAUAAACACAAGCCAUCAAACUGCAAAAUCACACCCACAAGAAUGGCUUCUACAAUCUUUGCUACGACUAUAAACACACCAAUCAUACUUAAAAGGCAGAGAAAUGAAUUUCCAAAAACCUUAUCUCACUUCUCUCGCCAUCACUUUAAACAUCGUCACCAACACAUAUGCAAGGCUGCUUCGUCAUCAUCGACAUCAAGCUCAAUAACAGACUACGAUCUGUAUGAUCUUCUGGGAAUAGACAGUAGCAGCAAUCAAAGAGAGAUUAAGAAGGCUUACAGAUCAUUGCAGAAAAGGUGUCAUCCUGAUAUUGCUGGUAUAGCAGGGCAUGACAUGGCCAUUGUCCUUAAUGAAGCUUAUGCUGUUCUUUCUGAUCCCAUUUCGCGCUAUGUUUAUGAUAAGGAACAAGCCAAGCUCACGGAAUUGAAAGGAUACACAGGCAGGCCAAUGUACUCAGUAUGGCAAGGACCAGAAACUGAGCAGAGGGCUAUAUUUGUUGAUGAAGUCAGAUGUGUUGGCUGCUUAAAAUGCGCAUUGUUUGCUGAUAAAACGUUUGCUAUUGAGUCUGCCUACGGAAGGGCUCGUGUUGUGGCUCAGUGGGCUGAUCCUGAAGACAAAAUUCAAGCCUCCAUAGAUACUUGUCCCAUCAGUUGCAUCUCGAUAGUGGAAAGAUCAGAUCUUGCAGCACUGGAAUUUCUCAUGUCGAAGCAGCCACGAGGGAGGGUCAGGAUAGGAGCAAAUAACACAGCUGGUGCACGAUCUUUCGAUGUUUUCUCUGAACUUAAAGUUUUCCACAAGCAAAUGGAAGAAGCAGUAAUCCGAAAAUCACAUCAAGAUUCUAAGUACUCAGAACUCCAAAGAAAUGCAAGGGUAACAGCAAUACAAACCAUUAGAUCGAUCUCAAAUUGGUUGUACUGGCAAACACCCCCAUCUGACACUUCUUCCUCCACCUUGAUACCAAGAAGAAAUAACAUAACCCAAGAUCCUGAUAUUGAAAAGCUCAGAGAUGCAGCAACAGCCGCUCGCAAACAUGGUUUGUUAAAGACUCGAGCAAAUGGAAAACUCCUCCCUCAAGCAACAUCAAGGGACGAAUACUGGGCCCCAUCAACCCCUGUACUUCCAUCAAAAACAGAUAUGUCUUAUUCUCACAAGACAAGACAAAGUCCACUCUCUUCUGAGAAUGCCUUCAAGAAUAAUCAAGACAAAACAUACAUGAAAGACAACAAUAAACAAAGUAAUCGCGUUUUAUCAAGCAUUCCAAUAGGGAUGGGUAUUGUUGCCGCAAUUACCGUAGGAUUAAAUGGAGCAGGAGAAGCAGUUGGAGGGUUGGAAGGGCAUAUAGGUGGUUCUUUCGCACUACAGAUCGUAAACAGUUCCAAUUUACAGGUUACACUAGCUGGAAUAACUUGGUAUCUUAUUGGACUAUACAUCAUACAGGUAGUGGAGAGAGUGGGAAGGAGGGAUUAAAUGUAAUGAGAAUUUCCUCUGUCCAUGUUUUACCUCCUGAAUUUAGAAGGAACAGUACAUUUGUAAAGAAAUUAUAUACUUAGGGUACAUAUAAUCGAUGUUGCAUGAAGCUUGUAUGAUCUACAAUGUAAUUACCUGUUCAAACUUACUAUUGUGAAGAUCGUGUUGGACUGUAA